UUAUCCUCUUUUAUGUAUCCACCAGACUUUCUUUGUUCCCCUUCAGUACAUAUAAUGUUAAAUAAUUGCACAAAUAAAACCAACAUAAGAACUUUAUUGUCAAUUUGAAAAAGAUGCCUAACCUCAAAUAAAAAUGUGCAAAGUAUUUUGUGAUGUAUCUACGAAGAAAAUCCUCAGAAGUGUUGAAGUUUUCCUCAAACAACACCGAAGAAACAAGACACGCAAUGGUAUUUUCGAGUCAUAGCCUUCCAAUAUGACUUACUUGAGUAAUCUGAGGGGAUUGCAAAAAGAUUAAUGCACGGUACAGUGCCUAUGUAUUCAUAAAUAAAUGUGAGUGGAAACAACUCUGAUUGUUGACUUCAAAUCACCAAAAACAGCUGAAAACACUAUCAGCGCAUAUCAUGAAAUAUUUAUAAACUAAAAGAGGGGGAAUUCAGAAUGGCUAUUUGAUGAAAUAUGCCAUACAGGCAACGUCAGCCAGGCAGCUCAGCAGGGGAUAAUGGUAUUUAGAUGUCCUGUAAGCACGUGGAUCCUCUCAGUCAGCAACAUUAAUGGGGCCAUGAGGCAUCCUGCUCAUGUCCUCCACGCUUAGGUGAAGGGGUAUUAGAUAGCCGUAAUGCUGGCAGGUCUGGGCGCUCUGUCCGCUGUGUAGUGUGGGGGAGAUCAACAUGGGGACCACCAGCAAGAUGGUCAACUUGUGGAACAGGAGACAGAGUCUGUUCCCCAACUACAAAGUCACCGAUUCAGACAUUAAUCGAAGACCUUCUGAGACUGCUUAUCCACUAGCCAAGGAAAGCUGCGUGAAGACAUGGAACUCCAUGCAGGAGCUGAGCAGGGACAUCUACGACAUUUACGCCGAGUACGAGGAUGAAGAGGAUGAAAAUGGUCCGUCAGGCUUCAACAAGCAGAAUUCACCCCCCAAGAAGAACUACAUGAUCAACAUCAAUGUAGGGGGGAAGCCAUACCAGAUACCGUACAAGACGGCUGCCAAGUAUCCCAAGACCAGAAUAGGGCGACUUGCCACCUACACGGACCACAACAUGAAGCUGGACCUGUGUGAUGACUACACUGUGACCAACAACGAGUACUUCUUUGACAGAGACCCAGAUGUCUUCCACAGCAUCUUCAACUUCUACAGGACUGGCGUGCUGUGGAUCAAGGACGAGUUGUGUCCCCGCAACUUCCUGGAGGAGAUCAACUACUGGGGCGUGAGGAUCAAGAACACCCACCGCUGCUGCCGCAUCUCCUUCGAGGAGAGGCAGGACGAGCUGAACGACCAGCUGAAGAUUCAGAGGGAGCUGGAGGCAGAGGUGGAGAUCGAGGAGAAUGAAGAGCUCUUUCAAGACAUGUUCAUGGGCCAUAAGCGCAGAGCCAUCUGGAACUUAAUGGAGAAGCCGUUUUCGUCAAUUGAGGCCAAGCUGAUGGCGGUGGCCUCCAGCCUGUUUGUCCUGAUCUCUCUGGUGGCCAUGACUCUCAACACGGUGGAGGAGAUGCAAUACAGGACUCCUACAGGUCAGCUCAGUGGUAAGACAUACUGGGAAUACGUGGAGUCCGUUUGCAUCGCCUUCUUCACCACGGAGUACCUGCUCCGUCUGGUGUCCACUCCUGAUCUCAAAUCCUUCGGCAGGAGUGUGCUCAACACCGUGGACCUGAUCGCCAUCCUGCCUCAGUAUGUGCAGGCCAUCCUGGAGUUCUUUGACAAUGAGGAGAACUACAUGAAGCACGAGGCCGACAUGCAGGCGGUGGGGCAGGUGGGAAAGCUGGGUCAGGUGUUGCGGAUCAUGAGACUGAUGCGAAUCUUUCGUAUCUUAAAGCUGGCGCGACACUCCACGGGUCUGCGUGCGUUUGGCUUCACUCUGCGUCAGUGCUACCAACAAGUGGGCUGCCUCUUCCUCUUCAUCGCCAUGGGCAUCUUCAGCUUCUCUGCCAUGGUGUACACUGUGGAGCACGACAUGCCACAAACAAACUUCACCAGCAUUCCUCAUGCAUGGUGGUGGGCAGCGGUCAGCAUCUCCACUGUGGGCUACGGAGACGUCUUCCCAGAGACCAUACUGGGCCGUAUUUUCGCUUUCAUCUGCAUCUCUUUUGGAAUCAUCCUCAACGGUCUGCCCAUAUCCAUCCUCUUCAACAAGUUCUCAGAUUAUUACUCUAAACUCAAGUCCAACCAGUACACAUCCGCCGUGAAGAAACGAGGGAGGAUGAGAUUUUACAAGAGGACAGUGAAGAAACUCAACCACUGCUUUGGAGACAACCACUGUCCUGGACACUGAUUUAUAAUGUGACUUUUUUUUAUAAAGAAAUAACAUGCUUACCUCUAACAGGAGGGUUCAAUACAAAGUAGUGGCACAUCUGGUACAUCUUUCCAGUAAAUUGGCAGCUUUUGUGGUUGGGAAACCGGUGAGGGAUCACACACAAUGCUAUCUUCGCCAUCUCCAAGCCAGUUAGCAGUGACAAGGACAGCACAGUUCAGGGGGUAAAUUUUCCACACUAUGUGGGGAGAACAAGGGUCAGAAAAUCAAGCAGGAUGACUGCCUGAUCUUAUAAAAUAUUUGCUUUUGUAUACAUAUAACCAUAUUUUUGUUACUAAAUAGUCAGAAGCAUAAAAAGAAACAGCAUUUUUAAAAAUACAAACAUGAGAAAAAAAAGGAAAGUUUAGUUUAGCCUUAUUAUUAAUGUAUUAUAUCUAUAUUAUCACACAGAUCAAUUGCACAAAACAGGGUUCCUUUUCAGUGACACUUCUUCAACCAGACCCUCUGGUCCAGUCCAUGAUUACAAAUUCAAUCAUUAUCUGUCAGGAAGCAUUUGUGGGAAACAUGUAUAAACUGAUGCACAACAUAUUUUUAUUUGAUGUCAUGGUGCAGCUACACAAAUAUGGCAUCCUGGGUUUGAAUAUUUCUGUUAAUAUAAUCAGGAUAUGGCUUCAGUGAAGCUGGACCAAGUCUAUAAGAAAUGCUUACAUUUGAUGUUGUUCUCCACUGUGGGAAGAUGUUUUUUUAACUUAAAUUUAAACUGUAUGAUUAAAAAGUAGUGCUCCUGAACCAGUUUCAACAACCUGGUUGUUUGGGGGAGGAGUUCAAAUGUUUACUGGUUUGGUCUGGGGCACUAGAGAAUGAAUGAAAAAGCCUUUAUCAUUAGGAAUUAACAUUUUUGUUUAUCUACAACUUAACUCCACGACCCACUGACUUUGGAAGAUGUACUUUUCAGAGAUCUGAGCAACAUUAAUAGUUUAUUUCUAGUUGCAGCUGCAAUGUUGUAAAUCUGUGUGCUCACACAGGAGAUGUGCAGAGGGUUGCAAAGUCUGGUGCUGCUUUUCAUGUGUUUACAAUGUUCAGUAGUUUCGCUGAUAGUUUGAUUUACUUGCAGUGCAAUGCAGUCUGAUACUCUGUUUUCAAUAAACACUGUACUGUCCAUUAAA